UGAGAAUUAGUGUGUGUUAGUUGUCACUAGACCAAUAAAACCAGUAUAGCUAUAUAGAACGAGGCUAUGGAGCAAUCGUCCCAUACCGGGCCCCGUAUUCUAUAAAUUUGCACUAUAAUCUCGUGGCGGGUUGUUAACAGGAGUCUUAGACUUGUCAUCGUCUCCCCGACACCUCGUACAGAAACCUCAAGCCGGCAGAUGGCGCCCGAGUGAUCCUGUCUCAGUCUCGACGAUUCCUGGAUAUAGAUCUUCAUCAACAAGGCGUCAGAACCUGUUCAUAUCGACCCUUGUGUUUACGGACACUUGUUAUACAAGAGUGUUUGGUGUGUAGACUUCGGAUCUUCAUAAAAUGUCAAUCGACGCGACAAGGAUUUCAUACGAAAAAUUGAACAGGAUGACGUUUUGGUCAAGACAUGACCCGAUUAAACAACAGAAAGGUCACACUGACCACUGGUCAAAAGCCAGACAGAAGACGGGCGCCUACACAGUGUCGUACGGUGCAAAGGGUCUCCAAAUCCGCUCGGACACAGAUCUAGACUUAGCGACCGUGCGGAAAGCUCAGAGCACCAGGGUUAGGUUUGAAAACGACUGUGUCACAAGAAUGCCUAUGCGAUCUAUAGAUGAUAUGAUUUUACAUGGCUUAGACGCAGAACUACCAACACAAGCUAUCAACCAGAGACCCCGGAUGGACUUUAGUCGAAAGUCAUCAAGAACGACUUUUAAUGAGAGAGCCCGAGAUGGUUUCCGGUACUGGUUGAUCGACCGACCAAAGCCCACAAAAUUUGGCAGAUACGGUAUCGGAUCCUACAAGACCGUGCUUGGGAUCGGAAACGCCCCUAGAACAUCGCGUAUUCCGAUAUCAUUGGCGUCUGUGUGACGUCCGCUAUACACACUCCACGUGCUGGCAG